AUGGGUCCUGGGAGCGCAGGUUUCCAGAGCAGGGGUCCUCUUUCUGCAGCUCCGCCUCUACAGAUCCACAUCGCGGCUGUAGACUUCACUCAGCUCCCGUUCCCUGCGCGGCUCUCUCGGCUUGUAGCUGCAGCCUCCCCCGGGACUGUGUACGCGCGUGUGGCCGCAGAAGGAGCGCUUUUCCCCGGGCAGACUUCCCCAGACGCUCGGGUUCAUCUGAGUCCUCCUGGUCUUCAGUCCUCCUGGUCUUCAGUCCCUCCUGGUCUUCAGUCCUCCUGGUGUUCAGUCCUCCUGGUCUUCAGUCCUCCUGGUCUUCAGUCCUCCUGGUGUUCAGUCCUCCUGGUGUUCAGUCCUCCUGGUGUUCAGUCCUCCUGGUGUUCAGUCCUCCUGGUGUUCAGUCCUCCUGGUCUUCAGUCCUCCUGGUGUUCAGUCCUCCUGGUGUUCAGUCCUCCUGGUGUUCAGUCCUCCUGGUGUUCAGUCCUCCUGGUGUUCAGUCCUCCUGGUCUUCAGUCCUCCUGGUCUUCAGUCCUCCUGGUCUUCAGCCACACCUUCUCCUCCCCUUUAAACGCAGUGGUCCCGGUGCAUGUGCGUCCCCCUUCCCCAGACGCUUCCUCCUCCUCUUUCGGCUCUCCACCAGCUGGUGAUGCCGCUGCAGCACCACCAAAAGCAGCCAAUCCUGAAACCAAAAAUCUUCACAACUUCACCAGCACCAAACUAACGCAUCAGCACCAGCAUUUCUUCAGCCACCAGCAGCUGCGCACCAUGUCCAGCCGACGCAAGAACUCCAACCCGUGCAUGGUGCAAUCUCCGGAGCACCACGACCGAAAGGAAGCCGCAGACAAAGACAUAAGCGCGAUGGAGCAGCCGGACGCAUCGGAGAAGGAGAACCAGUGUCCGGGCGAACCGCAAAAACCACCCAAAGUAUUUGAAUGCAAGUACUGCCCCUUCGCGUCUCCGAGCAUGGGCGAUUUCAAAGACCAUGUGGACUCCAGCCAUCCGGACGUCAUCCUCAACCCAGUCUACCUGUGCGUGCAGUGUGGCUUCCGGACCAAGAAGUUUGACGCGUUGACAGAGCACAACGACGAGGCGCAUCCGGGAGAGGCGGCAUUCCAGUACCGUAAGAAGAGUGUGGACGGAUACACGCUGCUGGAGCAGACGGUGGAAGGGGAGGAUAGUCGAGCGCAAGAUGACGCGGCUUCAGGGCCGAGCGGCAAGCACACCGCCGAAGGAAAGGAAAGCACAGGCGAUAUGUGUGAGCAAACGGAAAGGGAUGGGGAAAAAGUAGAUGCGGCGUUGUUCUCAGAGACAAUAAUAGAAGAAGAGCAGAGCCACAGGGCACAGAGAGAGGAGCAGAGUGUCAGGCAAAGCCAGAGCGCAUAUGGAACGGUGCCUUCAGAGCAAACGGCGGAAGAAAAGGAAAGUGCGACUGAUGUUUUAGUGGAAACAGAAGACAAAGGCAAAAGCACAGAGCGGUCGCAUUCAGAGGAAGGAGAGGAACGUGAGGCUCCAGAGCACACAGUGGAGGAACAGGAAAUCAUGAACAAUCUUUUAGAGCAAUCAGAAAGUGAAAGCACGGAGCACACGGUCGCCCAAUUGCAGAGCGAGAACGGACACAAGGAAAGUGCAAAUGGAAACGAUGGUUUUGAGACAGAAAACACAGAAACGUUUGCGGGGCAAACGGUCGACCGCAGCCUCAGCGCAGCGGCCACUUCAGAGCAGAUGAUGGAAGCAGAAGAACGCCCAAGCGCGCACGGACAGAUGUGCUCAGAGCCCGUGACGAGGGAAAAACAGCGCAUAAACGCACACACGGUUUCAGAUCAAGUGGAAGCAGAGAGUGCACCAUCGCCCAACUCCACAAGUCAGCUGAUCAGACGUUUGGAGCAGAUCCGCGCGCUGAGAAUCAACGGCACAGUGAUAAUUCCUGAGGCGAGCAUUCUCAAGGACACGUUGCAUGUUUCACCAAAGCUCCAGCGGCCUCCUGACUUCAGCCGCGUGGCUCAGAUUGCCGUGCCGCUGAACACCUUUAAGUACAACCCGUCGCUGGAUGACAACGCCACUCUUAUGGCCUCCUUCCACCGCUUCCCGUACCCCACGCACGCAGAACUGUCCUGGCUCACGGCGGCCUCCAAACACCCGGAGGAGCAGAUCCGUGUCUGGUUCACUACGCAGCGGCUGAAGCAGGGCAUCAGCUGGUCGCCUGAGGAGGUGGAGGAGGCGCGCAAGAAGAUGUUCAAUGGCACAAUUCCCCAGAUGCACAGCACCUUUACCGUGCUGCCCACAAGCCCGCUCUGCACUCCGGCGAGGAGCUGCCUGAGGAACUAUGGAACACCUACAAGGACCUGCGCCAACCCCGCCGCAAACGGCCUGAAGCGCAUCCUGAAUGCACCUGCGCUAGGCCCCGAGUCCAAGCGGCCGGUGAUGGCUGUGGCACCAAACCCCGGAGACAAAGGUCUCAUGGCCCCGCCCCCUGUGCCCCCCCUGCAGCACAAACCCACAGACGCCAAACGAGCUAACGAGACCAAGCGCUCGCUGCCGUUGUUGCAGACGCCGCUGAGGAACAAAGUGAACGUAGUUAACGGCAGUAAAACCAAAGUAUCACUGCCGUCUAUUGUGUUCCCUGAGUCGCUCACGCGGCCGCUGAUCGUGCCGCCGCCAAUCUUCGCGCCGCAGUUCAAGAUGAGUGCAUCCAAGGCGCACAUCUCAUUACCCAAUGGUGCGCUGCAGAACUCCACACCGCUCAUUGCGCCUCAAUUACGCCGCCCCGCGGUCAUUCAGGCGCUCAGGGGCAACGCGCCAAACGGAGACAGCUUUAGUGGGACGUGGAACGAGGCAAGUGUGGCAACCGGGCCGCACGCAGAAGACCCCCAGAGCGAGCUGCAGCAAAAGGCGCACGUGCUGACCCAGUUUCCGCUGCUGGAAAGGAUGAAGGGCAAGAGCUCAGAGCAGCUGAAGGUUUUGGAGGAGAGCUUCCUGAGGAACAGUUUCCCAUCGCAGGGAGAAGCUGAGGCACUUGCCGUGACCGCGCGCUUGUCCCGAAAUGAGGUUGAGAGCUGGUUUGGCGAGAGGCGUGCGCUACGGGACAAUCUUGAACAGGCGCUGCUCAACUCCAUGGGCACCAAACGUAACGGGCAUCACGGCAACGGGCACCAUGGCAACGGACACAACGGCCACGGACACCACAGCAAUGGACACCACAGCAACGGGCUCCACAGCAACGGGCUCCACAGCAACGGGCUCCACAGCAACGGGCUCCACAGCAACGGGCACUAUGCCAACGGACACUACAGCAAUGGGCUUCAAACCAACGGGAACCAUGUCAACAUGCUCCAGACCAAUGCGCACCACGGGAAUGGGAGUCUCCACAAUGGCCUGAAGCCAGGGGGCACUGUGGACUUCGGGCUCAGUAGAGCUCCAGACGAAGCUGUGUCACGCUGGUCUUUCGACGACCUGAGCCAGCGCUGGUACAAUGGCAAAACAGGAAGUGUGCUACCAAGCUAUGAGGUGAUUGGCCCACGCUGCCAGGGCCUGACCAAUGAGAGCAACGGGAGAGCACAGGAGGCGGAGCUUAGCUGGUUCAACAAAAACAUUAGCACAGCACAUGAGCACUUCAGGUUCCCGGCCCCUACGGAUCUCCAGGGUGGGGGCGUCUUUGGGAGGUGGGCCGACAGAAGACUGGACCUGAGACCGGACCUGAGUGAGGAGUCCAGCGGCUGA